UUUGUUAACGUUCUGGCGUAUUUUGUUUUAUUUAUUUUAAUUUUUGUGCUAUAUUUCGGUCGAAAAUUAAAAUCGGUACGCCUUAAUGUUCUCAGGAAAGCCAGUGGCUCGGAAUUCGGUCGUUUAAAGCACCAAUCAGUACAAAGCUAACCGGCGCGUCCGUUGGCCAAUUGUGAUUCGCAUGUUGCCUUAAUCACAAUAAUAAACAUUUCCUACCGGCGCAAUAAUGCCAUUAUAAGAUUGUUAAGUUUGCCCACGCCAUGAGUGAACCGCAGCCAUCGGGGGACACGGCUCCUGCGUCGACUGGAGCGGCCAAUGCUGGAGGAGGAGGAGAUUCGAAUAGGCCGGGAAAGAAUGCAGGCGGCGGAUCACCACACACAGGAGGUGGUUCGCCAAAUCAUAACAAUUGGCGGCAGAACAACUCCAUGCAAUAUAAUUCGCGACCCUGGAAUCGAGGCCGUCCGGACAGCGGUUCCUUCAAGAAUAGAGCGUGGAGUAACUAUAAUCACAGGGAUCCGCCCUACCGACGAUACAAUAAUUCAAACUACGGAAGUAGGGGACGCCAAGAGAGAGAUUAUAACCAGAGAACUGAUUAUCAUUCAAAUAAUUACCGCGAACGUAGGGAGAGGAGUGGAGAGAGAGAUCCAGAGAGGAGUCCCAGAAAACCGCGACAUCCUGAAGAGAACUACCGCACUUCCGGUAGAUAUCGAGAUCAUCACUACAGGGACCAACACCACAGAUAUCAGCGCAGGUGGAGCGAAGAAAAGUCUUCAAAGUCCAGCCUUCACAAUGACUCAAAACUUAAUGAGAGAAGUUCGCAUCCAAGCGGGCCCAACGAUGACAUAAACAAAAACUCGGUUGAAUUGGCGAAAAACAAACCAAUUUGUGAAAUACUAACUGAAGCAUCUAAAGUUGAUCUGCAGAAGGAUAAAAUCCCCAGUAAAGAGCAGAAGAAAAACAAUCAAAUCAAACCCAGUGAGGAUAACACAAUCGCAGAGGCUAUUCAAUCAUCACCCAAUCCUCCGCGUAUUCAAGUUCGUCCCCUCACCCAGCUGCUUAAGGAGGAGAUCCUAGCGGUUACCAAAGAGAAUCGUCUUGGUCAAAGACCGGCUGCUAGCCUUACUCCACCCGCUUCCAUUUCGAGUCCAAGUCGCCAAACAUUCAAACCCCUUCUCAAACCCCGUCGUCGGACUGUGAGUAGUAACCUCCAAAAUGGCACAAGUUCCAGCACAAGCCAGCUUGCAGAAAGCGAAACCAUCAUCAAUAAUCGCAUUGCCGGUAUGGAUAAGGAGAGUCUUAAGUACAUAAUCAACAACGGUGAUACAAUCUACGACGAACACUUGAAACUUCAAGCUCGAAAGCGAUUGCGCGAAGAGAUUCGCCGACAGCUAAAAGCAAUUGAAUUUGAGCAGCCCAAGAAUAACCCUGCGACGGAACUAAUCGAGGAUGAAAUCGUAGAUGCCAUUAAAUUACCCGAAUUUUUGCUGCAGGAGAUAGAAAAGUGUUUUGGGAAAGACUUUGUAGAAGACAAAGUACAGGAAACUGAAGAGAACCCAAACCCGCUGGAAAAAAUCAAAGCCUCUGGAACGGAAAUUAGUGAAGAAGAAAGCAGUAAAAAAGAUCUUCCAGCCAGUAAAGAAUGCAACAAAAAGUUGCAGCUAAUAGUAAGGAUUCCGAGUCUAUCAAAGAUAGUGAGCAGUCCGGUAAGAAGAGCAAGCAUCAAACUAAAGAGCAGCCUUUCAGAAUUGAAAGUAAAGCUACCAGCAAUCAAAAUAAAUUAUUCGUGUCAACACGACGAUCAAUCAAACAAGAAGCUAAAAAUACUGGCUCUCCGAAAGAAAAGAGAGAAUCAAAAGCUGAACAAAUUAGAACUUAAGAUGAAGCGUGCCAAGGAUCUAAUGGCUAGGCUUAAGGCAGCUGACGAGGUUAAGAUGAUGGCAGGGAAACGUAUGGCUAAGAAUCGUGGUCCCUUACUGCCCACCCCAUCUGGUGGGAGAACUCCCAGCAAGUUUGAAUUGCCUACGAAACACGUCAAAGAGACUGCUCAAUCGCCAAAGAAAAAAUCAAAGGACACGAAGGCUAUUGGUUCAGAAAGCGAAACCACUGGUAUGAUAUCCACACCAGAGCUUAUUGCACCUCUUAAUGCUGAUGUCGACAUGGAACAUAGUCCCUCUCCUAUCUUGUCAAAAACUAAAGAUCAGCCUUCUUCCACGAACACAUCAUCUUUAAAACAAAACCCGAAUAGCACAAAGAUCAAAUUAACCGCAAUGGUAACCUCUACAGAGAUCAAUGUUCCCCUCAAUACAAAAAUUAAAAUCGAAUCAAACACAUCUCCAAUUCGGAUAAGUCCUCUCCCAAAGGAUGUGAUAGAGCUCCUGAGCUCCUCUGAGGAAGACGUUAAUGAAGAGAAUUCCAUAGUGAAUAUGGAGAUAGAUGAGCCAGAAGGGAGCCGUGUAAUAGAAAUUGAACAUCAGGCUAUGGAACUCCCACCAGACCCUGAACUCGAUACCAUCGAUGACGCUGCCAGUGAUCACUCCUCUAGUUCCCAUUGUAGCACCGAAUCCGAAAAGAGGCGCUUCAAAUUGAAGCUUCAGAGUGACGCAGAAAACGUGGUGGAUAGUUUUGAAAAGCUAAUUCUUCCGCAUCUUCGGGAUACGCUUUCGGAUCGCUAUCACCUUCAGCACUCUGCUAACUUGCAGAGCCGCCUGCACUUCAUCUCCUGCGUUGUGACCAGCUCAGAGCACAACCCGAAGACAUUCAGUAAAAUUGAUGUGGCCAAGAUACAGAGAAAUCUCAAAGCCCCUGACAACAGGGAGGGUAUCGAAUUUCUCCUAAAGGAGAUUGUCAGCGUGGUAAGUCUACAAAAGCAGCGUCGUCGUGAGCAGGAGGACCAGAUGGCGGUCAAUGGCUCUAGUCCCAAGAAAGUAGAACAAGUAGUGAAAGAAAUACCAAAGACGUCUUCCUCACCUUCAUGCAAUCACAAUUCUUCUACAACAUCUAUUGAUCAGAGACCACAGCAAUUACCUGCUCAUCAGAGCUCCUUAGCAUCGACUUCCGUUGUAAGUCUAUCGCCCUUAGUUGCCCACCCAAGCCCUCCAGCUUUGCAGGCAGCCCAAAAUCCACAACCAUAUCCCAUCGGUCUGCCAUUUAUGUCAAUGGAUUCCAAUUAUUAUCGCAUUUCUCCUGCUGCUUAUUCUCAGCUAAGAAAUGGGACUGAUAAAACUGAACCCUUUAGUCAGGUGGGAGACCUUUUAUGCCAGAAUAUAACUGAAAUUGAUCGCCAUUUGAUGGAGAACCAGAAUCGGCGCAGCAUUCUCGAGGAAAUGAUUUUAAAGUUUCAGAAAGAGAUUUCCCAUUUGGACAAGCAAAGCCUAGAGUUGCAAAGUCGCAAAAUAAUGUUGUUGAUUUCUAGUAAUCAGGCGGCCACAUCUGCACCGCCUCUACCAGCGGUGUCUUCUAGAAACCCACCUACUCCUGUGUCCUCUACCCAGGAGCCAACACAACAGGAGAAUAUCAGGCAAACAAGGAGCAAAUCAAGAUUCAGAUUUUUAAAGCUGAUGCCCAGACGCGUGAAACUAAUUCCGAAACGAUCCACCAAGAAAAGUGCCAAAUCGCAGGAGGUAAUUCCUCCAGCGCAUGAAGAGGAUGCUGAUAAGGAGGAGCGUGACCAAGGGCAAGUCAAAGAAGGGGAACUAAGGCUAGAAGAGAACCUAUCGGAUGUCAAAGAACAGAUCAAGGAUGAGACAAUCUGCGAUCAUAAAGCGGACUCCCUGCCCACCGCCAAACCCAAGUCAUCGCCUCUGAGCAAACCGAAAGCCAGUGUGAAUAAACAUCCAUUGGCUGUUAUACCACCGCUACCACCACCACCACCGCCUCCUGAACCAAUCUGUCACUUGUCCGACGAACUGGAAUCUUUCACUGACUUUCUGACUAACUAUCCAGAACUGAACUCCCAAUACAAUCUUGGGUUUGUGCCUCGUGGAAUGCUGCACGACGUCACGAGUCUUACUCAGCUGCGAAUCUUUAGGAAACAUGUAAUUGCCGCCUCCGAGGAUGGAGAUAUUUACAAGUUCCACCUGAUCAGUCAUAAACUGGAGCGGAAGAUAACCAAGCACAGUGAAGCCAUCACAAAUAUGUUUCUGUGUGAGAAGGACUCUGUUCUCUAUACCACGUCGGUGGAUGGAUUUUUCAAGAAGACUUCGCUGUUGAACCUAGAGCGCGUCAUGCAAACUGUUUACUUCAAGGAACCUCUUCAGUCGAUUGACAUUGCUUGGGGAGUGGCCUUCAUUGGAAGUCGUUGGGGAAACAUAUUUACCUUUGAUGUGACGACCAACAAGCAGGCAGAUUUGUCGCUAGUCUCCACUGGAAACUCCAUCAUUACCAUCAAGGCUACCAAGGAGGGCGUUCGCAUCCUUAUUCUCGGAUGCAAGGGAAGCUCUAUUUACAUUAAUGAUGCCACCAACGGAUUGCUGCUUCGCCGUCUCUGUGUGCCUGAGGGGCUGCACGUUUACGGCCUGCUGCUGAGCGAUGGACACAUCUACUGUGGCACGCAGAAAAAUCAGGUCUACCAAUUUGAGUUUGCUACUGGCAACUUGGUCACCAAAUUGAACUGUGGCAAUGGUGCUGUUUCGAUUGUCUCUUAUAAAGAGCGUUAUCUGCUGGCUGGCUGCUACGAUGGGUUCAUCUAUGUCCUGGACAAGGUGACUCGCAAACAAGUGGGACGUUUUGAAGGCGCUGGGCGUUUGGUUUUAGCCCUGGUCGUUGCUGGCGAUAAAAUCGUCACAUCUUCUAAAGACAACUCUCUUGGGAUACUGGAAGUGCCCCAGCCAUGGUUAAUGCCCAAUGAAAAGCUUAGCAUUACAUUGUAUAAAUCUGUUUAAUUUAACAAGUUCACAC